AUGUCGUCCGAUGCUCAGUUCAAUGACUUCCACACCUUUCAACCGUCGGCGAAUGCACAGGCUGAUUCGUUGCACACGUUGCGACCACAGACCGUUGACGAAGUCACCCCCCAACCCCUCGCGAUUCCAGCCUCGCCUCUGAACAACUUCAUUUAUCCAAAUCAAGAUGUUCGGCCUCUACCUGUAAACCGCUUCCCGGAUUCCUACUCGUCAUCUCGGUCCCAUGCCCACCCCCUCCUUGAAAGUCAACAACUUUCAACUCUACUCCCAUCUCACCAUGGCGACGUAAACCACCCUUCCCACCGUCCUAGGACGUAUAACCAGGUUUUCCAUACCACUUCGGAUUUAGCUGCCCAUCAUGGGAUACCCCAACAACUGCCCCCACCACCUCGUACAACUCCCCGUCGACUACCAGUAUCAGAAAACUCAAUCGACUCCCCCCGCGCUUUCGACUUUCUCUGUUCCAACUACCUAACAAUGCUUGCACCUCAAAGCGCCGAUCUUUCUGUGCCAUCGUUAGACUCGCGGGGUCCAGCAGCUGGUACACGUUCCGAUAUGCCUGUGCAUGAUGACGAUGCUGCAGCGCAGGCAGUCCUUUCUGUGAUUCAAGCUUCACCAGACUUCGAGACGUUUGACGCCUUCGAGCCGAUGAAUUAUCUCACCUCUCCUGGGGAGUCGCCGAUGGACGAUAUGUUGACGACGCCUGCCCUUGGCGACGACUUCAUGAGCCCAGACGUGUGGACGAGCCCUAUGCUUGAGAUGGGCGGCGAUUUCGACAUGUCAUUGUUCCCGGAUACACCUGGCUAUCUUUACGAUGCCAAGCCCCUCGCUCCUGUUUCUUCGUCCCUUCCUCCCGUGUUUGACACUAUGUACACGAUGCCAUCUCCCGACACUCCUGCUCUUGACCCCAGUUCUCUGCACUCGCCAUCAGGUGGUACCAGUGUCACGUCCCAGUCCUCGAUAAAACAGAAGCGGAAGCAAGCUCCCACGGGAACUCGCAAGAACCUGACGCCGGACAGUCUUGUGCCCGUGGACGCUCCGAUUCAACCUCGGAAGUACGUCAUGCCGUCCCAAACGUCACGAAAGGAGCUGCCGGCCACAUUCGCGAGGAAGCGUGCGCGUAGUCAAGCAUUCGGGGAGGAUGACGGCGAUGACGUCGCCGAUGGACCCACUCUUUCAGAGGAGGACGCGAUUAAGGCCAAGCGUUUACAGAACACACUCGCGGCGCGGCGCAGUCGGAAGCGCAAGCUGGAGUAUCAACGCGAGCUCGAGGAUGCUUUAGAGGCAGAGCGACAGGACAAGGAGAUGUGGAAGGCUCGCGCGCUGGUCCUGGAGGCGUUGUUGAUGGAUAAGGGUCAUCAUGUCCCUCCAAUCAAUGAUUCGUGAGCCUGUCCGUCUUUCCUCGUUGCAUUCGUGUCUUCCAUCUCUCGUUCUGCAUCUUGAUAUCCCGUAUGCCAACAUCGUCCCUUCUUGUUUCCGUCUUUUGAUUUUCCACUACUUCGGUCUUGGCGGUACUCCUACAUCAUUUAGCUCUAUUGUUCUAUCCACUGACCCUGAGUACCACUUCCCCAAUCGUCCCCAUCCCCCAUUCCCAUUCCCCUUCGUCACCUUUGAUCAAAAUCUCCCUCGACGUGAAUGAUGUAUAAUCUCUCAUCACGACUAACAGUGAUAGUUUCAACACCUCCCCCAUUCCCAUCGCGUCUCCAUGUUUUCAUGUUGUUUCUUUCGUCUCUGUAUGCGCACUAGGCUACAUACAUACACAUAAAUUGCAAUCAGAACAAUCGUUUGUUCUCUAAAUCUGUGAUAUGGGAUUUUUUGAAUGGAACGCUU